UGUUUCUUAAAGACCUUCGACUUCCAGGUUAUAACUCAGUCGCUCCUGUGUUCUCGCCGUGUUCAGGCGUUGAAAACCGAACUGUUAAUCAUUGCACUUUGCUAUUAGUACUUUAUAAGAGGCAGUACUUAAACCAAGGUACUGCCAUGAGGGUAAUAGUACCUGUAAUAUUAGCGGUCAUCUGCCUUGAGGGGACAGCCGAUGUCCUCCCUUGGCAUCGAAGUCACGAAGUCCCUGGGCAUGGGCACCGAAGUCACGGCUAUUCUCCUGGCAUCCGAAGUCCCUCUCCUUGGCGUGGACAUCGCAGUUACAGUUCCCCCGGAGAACACGGCCGUUUAAGUUACGGUUCUACGAGUCAUGGGCACUUGGGCAGUUCUUCUUCCUCUUCUGCGCCUGUUUAUGGGCAGCGAAUUAACAUUUCUCCUCCUUGGCACCCGGGUCACAAUUCGCAACAUGAGCAAGUGCAUCCUCCUGUCGAUAGGAUUACUUCAGGUACCCCAGCAGGAGUUCCCCAGCGCAAUGCCACAGGCCAGGGCAAGCUCAGUUCUCUCUUGCUGCUGGGAGGAAAAGGCUCAGAUGCCCACGGUGCUCACAAGGCCCUAGGAAAACACAAAUCCCAUGUUAUUGACUUACUGCCAGACAGACGCGGCUAUUCGGGGUCACCACAUGGGUUUGACGAACCCUCAUAUCACUCCCCUUACCACGACCACCACGCUCAUGAACCCUUCAGUCACCACAAGUAUGAUUCACCUCACCCUUACAAACAGGGUCCUUCCCAGCACGACAGCCGCCACCCCCACUAUCCCUGGUCUCCCUCGAGCCACCACGAUCACGGUCCCCCUUUCAGUCCUUACCAGUUUUGGCGUUUUCUCUUCCAUAUCGACGCCGACUCCCACUAUCGCAACCUUUUUCACCACAAUCGCGGGCACCAAAAUCACCACGGUCAAGGGCACCACAAUCACUACAAUCACCAUGAUCACCACAAUCACGGGCACCGCAAUCACCACGAUCAAGGGUACCAUGAUUACCACAAUCACGGGCACCGCAAUCCCCACGAUCACAAUCACCAUCAUCAUCAAUACAACGUGACAGAGAUCCGCUGUCCCAAGAAUUAUGACCUUGUGGGAAAUUUAUGCCUCCACAUGCUGGUUAAUUUUAGCCUGAGAUCGUGGGACGUUGCGAGGCAAUAUUGCAGAAAUCUUGGCGGAGAUCUCUUGACGUUUUCCUCGGCCAACGAAUUCGCCACAGUCGCUAGCCACUUUCAGAAUCUUUCCACAGACCAUGCGGGCUUUUGGGUCGGAGGCCGCAUCGUGAACAAAAGUUGGACUUGGAUUAAUAACAACUAUCGCAGCUUUCUGGGCAUCGGUUUUUGA